AUGGCCCCGAGUUCCUGGCGUCCCUUAAAUGGGACAGGGGUGCGAAGAAUCCCCAGGCGGAAAACAGAAGGAAAAACGUUAAGAUUAGGAACAUGGAAUGUGAGAAGUUUGAAGAGUCCAGAAAAAGUCCAUAAUGUAUGCAAAGAGAUGAUACGUUUAAGAAUCGACAUAUUAGGUAUCAGUGAUGUUAGAUGGAGGGGAAACGGUAAAUACCAGAUAGAUGAAGACCACAUUAUGUACUACUCUGGCACCGAUGACACCUCAAAUAAAUAUGGAGUAGGAAUUAUUGUAAACACAAAAUCCUUAAAUACUACGUAUAGCUUUUUACCUAACUCAAACCGUACCAUGUUGCUUCAACUACAGGCCAAACCUAGAAAUAUUAACAUUAUUCAAGUGUAUGCUCCCACCACUGAUGGUACAGAUCAAGAAGUUCAGGAUUUUUAUAGCGAAGUCGAACAGUUGCUUAAAUUAACAAAAAAACAUGAAGUUAACCUUGUUAUGGGUGAUAUGAAUGCUAAGGUAGGAAAUGUGGAGGUACAAGGUGUAACAGGAAAGUUCGGUUUGGGUACAAGAAAUGAAAGAGGAGAGACCUUUGUACAGUUUUGCCAAGAACGUGACCUAGUCGUAAUGAAUACCUUUUACCAACUACCACCGCGAAGAUUAUAUACCUGGACAUCACCACGACACAGCCCACAACACGUAAUUAGGAAUCAAAUUGACUAUAUUACUAUAAACAAACGUUUCAGAAACAGCAUCAAAAACACAAAAACGUAUCCGGGAGCAGACAUCGGUUCGGACCAUAACCCACUUAUCGCCACAAUAUCGUGUAUACUUAAGAAAAUUAAGAAAAAGACAGUAAAUUUUAAAUCCGACAUAACAAAAUUCAAUGACACUGAUACUAAAGCUAAAAUAAAAGUAGAAAUAAACAAAUGGGCAGCAGAGAUAAAAACACAGGCGAUUAGUUCAUCUGAAGAGACAUGGAGGUCACUAAAAGCUAAAAUACUAGAAAUUAAUAAGGACUAUCUAAAGAGAGACUGGUCACCUAAACAAGCCUGGAUGACAGAGAAAAUUUACAAACUCAUGGAAGAAAGACGACUUUAUAAACAUACCAAUGUCACUAAAUAUAAAAAGCUACAUCGUACAAUACGAAGAGAAGCUCGUUUUGCUCGUGAGUCUUGGUUUCGGCAUAAAUGUGAGUGUCUAGAAAAUCUAUAUAAAAAACAUGACGCAUUCAAUCUACAUAAAGAAAUAAAAACCCUGAUGGGUCACAAAACGCACACAAAUCAACUUGUAGACGAACAUCAGAUCCCCAUCUUAGAUAUAUCUUUGAAAAAACAAAAAUGGGAACAAUAUAUAACGUCUUUGUUUUAUGAUGACACUCGCAACGAAGAAGUAGUUAACACAACCACCGAAGGAUACUCUAUUAUGCCGGAAGAGAUUAUAAGAGCUCUGAGUAAAGCCAAGCGCGGAAAAUCACCGGGACCAGACAAUAUUAACAUCGAAGUAUUGAAGCUCAUUGAGGAAGACAACAUCGAGGUUCUCGUUAAUUUCAUGAAUUCAAUAUACGACUCUGGUGAACUGCCUCAUGAUUGGUUAAAGUCAACGUUCGUCACGCUUCCAAAAAAAGCGAAUGCGAAGAGAUGCGAGGACUUCCGAACGAUUAGCCUCAUGAGCCAAGUGUUGAAGGUAUUCCUCAGCAUCAUUCAUGAGCGUAUAAGGAAGAAGUGUGACGACCAACUUGGUGACAGCCAGUUUGGCUUUCGAGCAGGCGUGGGUUUAGGAGAAUUUACGAGUACUUUUACAAGGUUCUGGGAAAUGGACGACUAUGGACGAGGUGAUGAUUGA